GCGAGCUGCGGCAGCGCCCAGAGUGGGGGGGGACGGUGUUAGCGCUCCGUGAUCUUUCUGUCCGCUGGAAAACUCUCUUCGCCCACCUUUCGUCAUGAAAGCCUUCAGUCCGGUGCGGUCUGUCAGAAAAAACGGACUCUCGGAGCACAACCUGGGCAUCUCCCGGAGCAAAACCCCCGUAGAUGACCCCAUGAGCCUGCUGUACAACAUGAAUGACUGCUACUCCAAGCUGAAGGAGCUGGUGCCCAGCAUCCCGCAGAACAAGAAAGUGAGCAAGAUGGAAAUCUUGCAGCACGUCAUCGACUACAUCCUGGACCUGCAGAUCGCCUUGGACUCGCACCCCAGCAUCGUCAGCCUCCACCACCAGAGACCCGGGCAAAACACUUCCUCCAGAACCCCUCUGACCACCUUAAACACAGACAUCAGCAUUCUCUCGCUACAGGCGUCCGAGUUCCCCUCAGAGCUCAUGGCAGGCGACAGCAAAGCACUUUGUGGCUGAAUCAAACGGUGUUCCACUGAUGAGAUUUUUUUUUUUUUGCACAAGAAAAUGUCUACAAGAUUUUUUUUUGAGGUGCUGAAUUUAUUUUUCAGCUGUAUCUGGAGGGGAAAAUCCACAUCUAACUAAAAGGACCUUUUAAAAUUAAUAACGAAGAAAAAAAAUCAAGAUUGAUCUUUAUCCCCACCCCAUGCUUCAAGUUGGACUGAACCUAGUUAUUUAUGAAGAGACUCUUAAUACCCUUUCCCUAGUUGGAAGGCUUCCUUUAUAUACUAUUCCCAACAUGGGGAGCGAAACAAAAUCUCACAAGGAGUUGCCCAUUUUCAAGCAGACUUUGCCUUUUUUUACCAAAGGUGGAGCGUGAGUACCAGAAGGAUCCAGUGUUCAGUUUAUUAGGAAAGUCUGUGGUCAGAAAUUACCUUUUUGACACAAACCUAGGACUGAAUGCUGUGUAUAUAUUUAUAUAUAAAUAUAUAUAUAUAUGAGUGAAACCUGGUGAACUCUUUAAUUAAGAGUUUUCUUGUAUAGUGGCAGAAAUUUACGUUUCUGCAGAAAGUGUAAUGAUGUACUUAAUCAUGCUAAACUUUUUAUAAAAGUUUAGUUGUAAACUUAACCCUUUUUAUACAAAAUAAAUCAAGUGUGUUUAUUGAACUGAUUGCUUGUUAUUCUUUGGGGACCAACUGUUUGCUGGCUUUGAUUUGUUGUGUGUUAUUUUUAAAUACUUAUACAUUCUGUUAUGGCUUUAUCAAGUAAAUUCAAGUAUGUAGAGAAUAUAAAGAAUAAAAUUACCUGAAAUGAAUAA